AUGCUGCGAAAACCGGUGCACAGUCGGUCGCAUCGUCAUCAACGAGACGGAGUCUUAACCAAGGAACAUCCAUCUCCAUCUACGGCCAACCACAACCACAAGACCAAAGGCUUCGCUCCUUUGGCUUCCCCUGAAGUCGAACCUUCAAACCACGUCUUCUCGUUCAGCAAGCAAAUCGGUCGACGGAUCGGCAAAGGAUUUAUGAAGUUUGUUUUAUAAUUCUACUACUUUUAUUUUUGCUCCAGAAAAUCAAGUCCGUUUCGAAUUUUCAGGUUUGAACGACGGCAUUCUCUUGGACGUGAAAGAAAAAAGGGCUCGAAAGAAGAAAUCGCGAAAGAGCACCAUUCGGCCGUGGAAUUCGAGCGAUGCAGCACAUCAUCCAGCUGA